UCAGCUCCUCCCUCGCGCUUAAGAAGGAAGAUUUCAGACCAACAUCAACACACUGCAACUAUCAACCCUCCAAGAUGCGUCUGUUCCUGCUGCUGCCCUUUGUGGGAUUGGGAUUGAUCGAUUAUUCGGCGCUGACCGCUGCGCAGCCCCGCUGUGACCCACUGACUCAGUACGAGAAGGACGGAGAGUGCUGCAAAAAGUGUGGUCCAGGGACCAGACUGUCGUCCGGCGGGUCUUGUCUGGAUCCUCUGUGCACAGAAUGCCCAGACGGUGAUUAUCAGGAUGCAUACACCUCUUCAAACAGUUGUCAGCGUCAACCGUACUGUGACCCAAAUUUAGACUUCAAUCGAGUCGUCAACAAGAGCAAGAAGAAUCGGGUGGCCUGCAUCUGCAAAGUGGGAUUCCACUGCUCAAGUAAAGCAUGUUUGACCUGUGUGGCGCACACAAGCUGCAAACCAGGGCACGGCGCUCAAUCCACAGGCAACCACACGCACAACACGGUGUGUCAGAAAUGCACAGAGGGCACAUUUUCCAAAGGCGACUCGUGGAAAGGCGUCUGUGAGAAAUGGACAAUAUGUGCGGAUGGAUAUUUUGUUGAACAAAGCGGAACAGACGUAUCCGACAACAUUUGUGCGGAAUCACUGUCACAUACAAUCACGAUCGCAGUCGUGUGUUUUGUGGGUCUCCUUGUGAUCACAAUUGCUUUCUUUUGUCUCCGCAAAUGUAAACAAGGCGACAAAAAGGGGGAGGUGAAAAAGAUUUUGAUGGGCUGUUUUGAAUCAAGUUCGGGAGACAAAGGGGAGCCAGUGAAGGAGACCAAAGUGCUGAUAACGAACCCAACGGACCAAGCUGAGGAAGAGUCCCUGAUGUCUGAGCUGCUUUCCAAGGAAGAGGCCGGCGUGAGGACGCCGGAGGAAAACGAGGACGAGCUGAGCCUGGCGUCACCUGAUUUAGUUCUGAGUGAGAAGGGAAACUUUGUGACUCAGGAAAAUGGGAAAUCGACGAUCCUUUCCCGACAGGAAUCCCAAACGCAGACGUUUACCAACUGAAAGCAGCUUUUGUCGCGUGUCAUCAUGAAUGCCACCUGUGUAAUGUAGCCCGUUUGUACAUAAUUCCCCUAUUAAGAUGUCUGAUGUAGCUGUCAGGGUGGGUGCUGGUGCAAGGAGGCAGGACCCAAACGCAGGAUUCUCAAAAAACUGUGCUCUUUAUUCUCUAACAAAACUGAGACGUGCUCCAACAACGACUGACAUAGACAAUGACGCGACAAGGGACAACAGGCACACAGGGCUUAAAUACACUAGGGAGGUGCAGGUGAUUGGACACAGGUGGAAACAAUCAGGCAAUCACAGGACAAGGCAGGAAGUGAAGUUACCCAGAGACACGAGAGACAUGAAACUGCAAAAUAAAACAGGAAAGAGAACCAAACCGUGACAGUAGCUUUAAGUGUUAACAGUAAAUUUAACUCUAGCAAUGGAAUAGAAGUUUGAAGUUUAAGAUGUACAUUCCACUCCUGUUCAUGCCUUGAACUAGUGCCAUGCAUCUAUGCCAUUGUUUUAUAUGUGUUAAUUGUAUUAUUUUGUAUUAGUAUAAAUAUUAAAAAUCUAUAUUUUCACUCUA